CCGCCGCGUUCUCAUCUCGUGCAGCGCAGUUCGCUCGAGCGGUCUGAACAAUGACUGCGCGAGAGGAUGAUGCGAAACUGGAGAAAUGCGUGAUUUAACACCAAUACUGUACAUUGCACUGUUUCAUACGCUUUUUUCAAAACAGACACAAUGAAUAUGUGGAUUCCUACAGAACACGAGAAAUACGGAGUCGUGCUGGUCAGUUUUCGAGGGACGGUGCAGCAUGGCUUGCCUUUGGAGAUCGGUGACACGGUCCAGAUCCUGGAGAAAUGUGAAGGUUGGUACAGAGGAUUCAUCCUCAAGAACCCGAAUGCCAAGGGCAUUUUCCCAUGCAACUACAUCCAUCUAAAGAAUGCACACAUCAAGAAUAAAGGGCAGUUUGAGACGGUGGUGCCGACUGAAGACUCUGUCAUUACGGAGAUGACGUCCACCCUGAGGGACUGGGGCGCCAUGUGGAAGCAGCUCUUUGUGAAAAACGAAGGAGAUCUGUUUCACAGACUGUGGCACGUGAUGAAUGAAAUUUUGGACCUCAGGCGGCAGGUUUUGGUGGGUCACCUGACCCACGAUCGCAUGAGGGAUGUCAAACAGCACAUCACGGCCCGUCUGGACUGGGGCAAUGAGCAGCUGGGUUUGGACCUGGUACCCAGGAGAGAGUUCAGCAUGGUGGACCCGGAUGAAAUCAGCGUCACUGAGCUCUAUCGACUGAUGGAGCAUCGGCACCGGAAGAAAGAAACUCCGAGUCCUGUCAGCACACAUCACAUGUUUGUCCAUUUGAAGAGUCUGAUGAGCUCGAACCUGGGUGAAGAACUGGAGGUCUUCUUCUUUAUCUAUGAUAGUCGAGAGAACAAACCGCUCAGUGAAAGGUUCUUUGUUAAACUAAAUAAAAAUGGUCUUCCCAAGUUUCCCGAGAAGACCGAGAGACAAUGCACACUUUUUGUGGAUCUGGGGAGCGGCGACCUGAGAAAAGACGUGUAUAUUGUUGUACACAUCAUUAGGAUUGGGAGGAUGGGUGCAGGAGAGAAGAAGAACACAUGUAAUGUGCAAUACAGGCGUCCGUUCGGCUGUGCUGUGGUCAGCAUCACUGAUCUCCUCACUGCUGACUCCAAAGAAGACCACCUGCUGAAGGUCUAUGCUUGCAACACAGAGAGCGAUUGGAGUCAAACUCACGACAACAUCAUUAAAAAAGUCAACUCCAGAUACAACCUUUCAGGCUCCAACACAGGUCUGGCGGUGGCGCUCCAGUUGCUGCACGGCGACAUUGAACAGCUGCGGAGAGAAUAUAUGGUCCUUUUCACCAGAGGAGUGUCCAUAACCAAAAAACUGGGCUUCUCUGAUGUCAUCAUGCCAGGUGAUAUGCGAAAUGAUCUAUACAUCACACUGGAGAAGGGCGAGUUUGAGAAGGGAGGGAAGAGCGUGGCGAGAAACGUGGAAGUCACCGCCUACGCGCUGGACGUCGAUGGACAGAUUCUCAAGGGGUUUGUGGCCGUGGGUUCGGGUGAGCCGGGCGGAGACGAGUAUCACACUUUCGUGCUUUACCACAACAACAGCCCGCGAUGGGCAGAGCUAAUCAAGCUUCCCAUCCCCGUCGACAUGUUCCGCGGCUCUCACGUCCGCUUCGAGUUCCGCCACUGCUCCACGAAAGACAAGGGGGAGAAGAAGCUCUUCGGAUUCUCAUUCGUUCCUCUAAUGCAGGAAGACGGGCGGACUCUGCCCGACGGCACCCACGAGCUCAUUGUUCAUAAGUGUGAGGAGAACGCUAACCUGCAAGACUGUGCUCGCUACCUCAAACUGCCCUUCUCGAAAUCAAAUCUGCCUGGCAACAACCAAACUGUGAAAGGCACUAAGGAAUCCCUGUGGAUCACUUCAUUCCUUUGUUCUACCAAACUCACUCAGAAUGGUGACAUGCUGGACUUACUGAAGUGGAGAGCCCAUCCGGAGAGAAUCAGUGACAGCCUUUCUAAACUCAAAGAGAUCGAUGGCUCAGAAAUAGUUAAGUUUUUACAGGAUACACUGGACACGCUUUUCGGCAUUUUGGACGAGAGCUCACAGAAAUAUGCACUUAAGGUGUUUGAUUCUCUGGUGCACAUUAUAAACUUGCUCCAGGAUAGCAAGUUCCAGCAUUUUAAACCAGUCAUGGACACCUACAUUGAAGGCCACUUUGCAGGAGCCCUGUCAUACAGGGAUCUGAUCAAGGUGUUGAAGUGGUACGUAGACCGCAUUAUUGAAGCGGACCGUCAGGAACACAUCCAACAGGUGCUAAAGGCGACGGAGUAUAUUUUUAAGUAUAUUAUCCAAUCGCGCCGGCUGUUUGCCCUCGCCACAGGCGGACAGAGCGAGGAGGAGUUCCGCUGCUGUAUGCAUGAGCUUUUCAUGUCCAUCCGCUUCUUCCUCUCGCAGGAGAACAAGGGCUCGCGGCCCAUCACACAGACACAGGCGGUGUUUCUGCAGCAAUUCCCGGCGGUGUACGGGGAGUUGUUGAAGCUCUUUACGGUCAGGGAAGUGGCUGCGUUUGUACGGGAGACAUUGGGCAGCCUCCCCACCGCCUCUCAGGCAGACUGUCCCCUAGAGGCCGUCAAGCUGCACUGCAUCACGAAAACCGUAGAGAGCCAAAUCUACAUCAACCCUGAGUCUAGAUGUAUUCUGCUCCCAGUGGUAUUGCGUUUGCUCCAGGCUCACCUUCAGGAGCAGCGAGAUCUCGUCAUGUGUGCUCACAUACUCACCUGCAUGCUGUCCCUCCUCAAGAAGGACGACGCGGAGCCGACCGCAUCCGAAGAGGUCGAUCUGAUCGUGGAGAGUGUUUUGGCUGUGUUACUGCGGACCAUACUGGAAGUUGCUAACCGGCCCCAGCCAGCAGGACCUACACUACGACCCCAAGUUCAAGACGUUACGGGGGAGUUUGUCUCGUGUCUUUUGGCUCUGUUGAGGCAUAUGAAGGACAAACACUACCAGCAACUCCUGCAGAGGUUCACCAGUAAAGACGACCUGCGGGACUUUCUCUUGCAUAUCUUCACUGUGUUUCGGAUCCUGAUAAGACCAGAGAUGUUCCCCAAAGACUGGGCGGUCAUGAGGCUCGUCACCAACAACAUCAUCAUCACCACUGUGCUCUACCUGUCAGAUGCUUUAAGAAAAAACUUCCUCAGUGAUAAGUUUGACUACAAGGUGUGGGAUUCAUACUUCUGCCUGUCUGUUAUCUUCAUCAACCAGCCCUGCCUUCAGCUCGAGACCUUCUCUGCAUCAAAGAGGAAGAAAAUACUGGAAAAGUACGGAGACAUGCGUGUCAUGAUGGGAUGUGAGAUUUUCAGCAUGUGGCAGAAUUUAGGAGAACACAAGCUGAACUUCAUCCCGGCAAUGAUCGGCCCGUUCCUGGAGGUGACGCUGGUGCCUCAGCCGGACCUGAGGAACGUGAUGAUCCCGAUCUUUCACGACAUGAUGGACUGGGAACAGCGCAGAAGCGGCAACUUCAAACAGGUGGAGGCAAAACUUAUCGACAAGCUGGACAGCCUCUUGUCAGAGGGAAAAGGAGAUGAAACGUACAGAGAGCUCUUCAACAGCAUAAUUCCUCUGUUCGGUCCAUAUCCUAGUCUGUUGAAGAAGAUUGAAAGGGAGACGUGGAGAGAGAGCGGGAUAUCCCUCAUAGCCACGGUCACACGGCUGAUGGAGCGACUGCUGGACUACAGAGACUGUAUGAAGUUGGGAGAAGUGGAUGGGAAAAAAAUUGGCUGCACAGUCAGUCUCCUGAACUUCUACAAAACGGAGCUGAAUAAAGAGGAAAUGUACAUCCGCUACAUUCACAAGCUGUAUGACCUGCAUCUGAAAGCGCAGAAUUACACAGAGGCCUCGUAUACACUUCUGCUGUACGACGAGCUGCUGGAAUGGUCCGAGAGACCACUGCGGGAGUUUCUGAGUUACCCUAUGCAGAGCGAGUGGCAGAGGAAGGAGUACCUGCAUCUCACCAUCAUCCAGAACUUCGACCGUGGAAAGUGUUGGGAGAAUGGCAUCAUCCUGUGCAGAGAGUUAGCGGACCAGUACGAAUCCUACUACGACUACAGAAACCUCAGCAAAAUGAGGAUGAUGGAAGCUUCAUUUUACGAUAAAAUAAUGGACCAACAGCGGCUGGAGCCAGAGUUCUUCAGAGUGGGCUUCUACGGCAAGAAAUUCCCCUUUUUUCUACGGAAUAAGGAGUUUGUGUGCCGCGGUCAUGACUACGAGCGUCUGGAGGCGUUCCAGCAGCGCAUGCUCAAUGAGUUCCCUCAUGCCAUCGCAAUGCAACACGCCAACCAGCCUGACCAGACCAUCUACCAGGCUGAAGCCCAGUAUCUGCAAAUCUAUGCUGUCACACCAAUCCCAGACAGCCAGGACGUCCUGCAGCGUGACGGCGUUCCCGACAACAUCAAGAGCUUCUAUAAGGUCAACCACAUCUGGAGGUUUCGCUACGACCGGCCGUUUCACAAGGGCACCAAAGACAAAGAGAACGAGUUUAAGAGCCUGUGGGUAGAAAGAACGACAUUAACGCUUGUGCAGAGUCUCCCAGGCAUCUCCCGCUGGUUUGAAGUGGAGAAGAGGGAACUGGUGGAGGUGAGUCCGCUAGAGAACGCUAUUGAGGUCAUCGAGAACAAGAACCUGCAGUUGCGGAUGUUGAUUACGCAGUGUCAAACACGGCAGAUGCAGAACAUCAACCCCUUGACCAUGUGUCUCAACGGAGUCAUCGACGCCGCAGUCAACGGAGGUCUCGCUCGCUAUCAGGAGGCGUUCUUCGUGAAGGACUACAUCAUGAAUCACCCCGAAGAUGGAGACAAAAUUGGUCGUCUCCGAGAGCUCAUGUUUGAGCAGGCUCACAUACUGGAGUUUGGUUUGACAGUGCAUGAGAAGUUUGUACCUCAGGACAUGCGGCCCCUGCACAAGAAACUGGUGGAUCAGUUUCAUCUCAUGAAAUCUAGCCUCGGCAUACAGGAAUUUCCAGCCUAUGUGCGAGCCAGCCCGAUCCACUUCACCAACGGAAGCCCUCGAGCUGGAAGAAACUCAGCGCCCAAUAUAAUGAGUCCAGAGGGAGGAGCGCGUGUGGUGUCACGCCGCAGUCCCCUCAGCUACCCAGCAGUCAACCGCUACUCUUCAUCCUCGCUGUCAUCGCAGGCGUCCAAUGAAGUGAGCAACAUCACGGGCCAAUCAGAGAGCUCCGAUGAAGUCUUCAACAUGCAGCCAAGUCCGUCUACCUCAAGUCUCAGUUCCAAUCACUCGGCCUCUCCCAACGUGACCAGCUCGGCUCCGUCCAGUGCCAGAGGUUCUCCACAGUUGUCAGAUAAACAAAAGCAUUCCCGAGAGAACUGCCUCUCGCCGAGAGAGAGACCCUGCAGCGCCAUAUAUCCAAACCCCCUGGAUCCCACACAGAGGCCGGUCCCACACCCAGCGGGCGAUGCCUCCUUGCCUCGCAGUGACCCCAACAUCUCUACCCCUGACAAAGUGGUGAAGCCUGCACCUAGUAGCUGGAGUCUAGACAUGCCGCUCUCUGAUUUUAAUGGAAAGGGCCCCCCUGUUCCUCCUAGACCACCGUACACAGGAUCUUCUGCCAAGACUACACGAUCACAGUCCCCUGUGAUGACAUCACGCUCGCCUCAGAAGAUCUCUGUGCCUCCGUUCACCCCUUCGCCCACAGAGUGCCAAACUACAGGGUUGGUGUCAAAUUCUCCAGUGCUUUCUGGAAGCUACAGCAGCGGCAUCUCAUCUCUCAGUCGCUGUAGCGUAUCUGAGGCCUCUGGAACUGAGAACACACCCACUGACCACGCCCUCCCAAACUCCGCCUCCAGCGGCUCAGACGAGCUCAUUCGACGGGAGAACAAGACCCCGCCUCCUUACAGCAUACAUGAGCGGAACAACCCCCGCAGGCAAGUCCCGCUCCCACCAAGCUUGUCGAUUCCUCCAAGCGUUGACGCGCCACCCAUUCCGCCCAAACCGCACCAGAUUCGAAGACAAAAUACUGAACCACGCCGACCCGACCAGUUUCCCAGACCCCGUCCCAUUCCUAGGAAAGUCUCACAGCUCUAACGCUGUGCCCCUCACACCAGCCCCACCAUUUGCACUUUUACACUUAACCUCUGUGGGUUUACGAUUAUUCCCUAAUCUCCCAGUUAUAAAAUAAAUAGACUGUGGAAUAUUUUUCAUAUAUAAAUAUAUAUUGAGUGAAAGAGCGUUUGCAGGGGUAUGACUGCAUUUUAUGCACUUUUUAGGUUCGAAAUUAUAAGUUCGCUUGUCAAAUUACCCAAGCCCCUAAAUUAACUCUAAACAGAACUUAGUACUAUGGUAUUUUCUCAGAUUUUCCAUAG